CAAGAAGGCGUAUCCGAGGCCCGGGGCUCGUGCACCACUCGGUACUCGGCUUCUCCUCCCUCUGUCUGACUCUCCUCAUCCUCUGUCUAGCGGUUGUGCUGCGGAGCUGCCAACGGGCCUCGACCAAACCUCAACUAUAACAAUGGCUGACCUUAAGUCUCAGUUUGACACAGCUGCCAAUGAGGUGAAGCAGCUGAAGGCGAAGCCAGAGGAUGCAGAGAUGCUCAAGAUCUACGGCCUGUUCAAGCAGGCCACCGUGGGCGACGUCAACACCGCUCGCCCUGGGAUGCUGGAUUUCACUGGGAAAGCCAAAUGGGAUGCCUGGGAUAAGGAGAAAGGAAAGAGCCAAGAUGAUGCCAUGAAAGAGUACAUCAAGCUGGUUGAGGAACUCAAGGCGAAAUAUGGAAUAUAAAGCUGCACUGGAAGCAUGAACUGCUGGACCAACUGUUGGCUGGAUAGAAACCGCUGGCUGUGGCCGCUGCUUCAGCCCACACUUUGUCCUGUGAAAUGCCUUAAACUCAAGGAGUUUGCCCUGUGCUACUAUGUCGAGCAACACAUGUGAAUGCCUGGUGGACUGCCAGUGGUUCCACGGAGAUGUAGGCAGCCUGAAAACCACCAGUGGACUUCCAGAAACCGUCCACCAGCAAACACCUUGCGAUCAUAGCCGAUGUUCUCCACCAGUUGUACAGUCCUGGAUCUUGUAUUAUGAAUAUAAAACCAGCCUUUCAUCAAAAAGCA